AUGGCUGAGGAUUUCAUGAAUCGCUUCAGAUUUAAUACUGAAAUCACUACGGACAGGUUCUCAUUAGCCAACAUACAAAAGAAACCAUCAGAGGAUUUCCAGGAGUAUGCACGACGUUGGAGAACCGAGGCUGCAAGGGUUCAACCACUACUGGAUGAGAGUGAGCUCUCAAAAUACUUUAUUCGAGCCCAAGAAGGUAUCUACUUUGACAAGAUGAUGUCAAUGAUGGUCCAAAAGUUUGCAGAAUUGGUCAAGAUGGGGGAUUUUAUAGAGGAAGGCAUCAAAUCGGGUAAAAUUCAGUCCAUGGCCGCAUUUCAAGCUGCAAGUAAGGCCAUACAAUUAGGAUCCAUUGGUGGCAUCAAGAAGAAAAAGGAGGAUGUUUCAGUCGUCAAUUACCAACAUGGAGGACAAUCCCACCAAUACCCCAACAAUCCCCAAAUUGUUGCACAUACUCCAUACACCUCGUACCCGGUAUAUAAUACCCGACCACACUAUAAUCCACCUCGAGCACCAACAUACCAAAGUCCAACAAGACCACAUAUCUCACUCCAAGCACCAACCCACCAAAAUAGACCAGCAUAUGUGCCAAGACCACGUCCAAAUCUUGAAGCCAGAAAUACUCGCACUUACACACCCAUUGCCAAACCUUAUGCUCAAUUGUUUGAAAGGUUGAGGAUAGUAGGAGUGCUACAGCCAGUGGAGGGAAAACUCCCCGACCCAAUCCCUUACAAUUUUGAUGGAAACAAGCGAUGCGCCUACCACUCGGGAAUCCAAGGUCAUGACACAGAAGAUUGUUAUAGCUUGAAAAACCAGGUUGAGACGUUGAUCAGAAGAGGAAUAAUAAAAUGCACUCCAACACCUCCGAAUGUGAACAACAACCCUUUGCCAAAUCAUGAGAAUCGAGAACUAAGGGAACCUCUUACUAUCCAAACAUAUCUCCCGAAAGUUGUAGUAACCACUACAGUUGCUAGAAAGGCUGAGUUUGACACCAAAGGAGUCCCAUGGGAUUAUAAAACAGAAGCCAAGGGCAAGAUAAUUGACGCCGCUGUGGCUCAUGGAAUGACUAGGUCAGGAAGGUGCUAUGCUACAGAGGAUCUGAAUCAAGAAGUUCUUGGGAAGGAACCAAAUCCCAAGAAGAAUGUUACCGAUGCUGAAGUCACGGAAUUUUGGAGGACAAUGCAGUCAAAAGACUAUUCAGUCGAAGAGCAACUAAAGAAGACAUCAACUCAUAUAUCCAUAAUGUCUUUACUAAUGAGUUCUAAGGUACAUAGGAAUGCUUUGAUGGAGGUGUUAAAUGGGGUUUGCAUUCCAAGAGAGACCACAAGUGAAACCUUAGCUGCAACAAUCGGACGAGUGGUGGAAUCUAACAAAAUCUCUUUCCAUGAUAAUGAGCUACCAACAGAAGGGACUGGACACAAUAAAGCACUUUAUAUCGCGGUCAAAUGUCGUGAUAAGAUUGUGACGCGAGUUUUGAUUGAUGGCGGUUCUGGAUGUAAUAUCUGCCCUUUCACAACUCUGAAAGUAUUAGGUUUAAACAUGGGAGAUAUAGAGGAAAGUCGUGUAAAGGUGAGAGCUUUUGAUGGAGCACAGAGAAGUGUCAUUGGAGAAAUCCAUCUCACAUUGCAGGUGGGACCAGCAGAAUUCCCUGUCUUAUUUCAAGUGAUGGAUGUAUCAUCGAACUACAACCUACUGUUGGGAAGACCAUGGGUCCAUGUGGCAAAAACAGUCCCUUCAACUCUUCAUCAAUGUGUAAAGUUUGAGUGGGGUCACGUAGAAGUUACCAUUCAUGGAGAGCUAAAUCACCCCAUCUAUUCUGUCAAUUUUAUUCCAGUAACUGAGGAAUUAGAUGGAGCUGCUUUUCACACUUUAGAAAUCAUGCAAGCUGUGAGGGUUGACGAGAAGUUAGAGUCGGUUGGUGUGAAAUUGUCAGGGGCAGCAAAGAUGGUCGCAGCAGAGAUGUUGAAAUACGGGUAUCAUCUUAAGACAGGACUUGGACCCAGGGCCAAUGGCAUAGUUGAACCCAUCCAGCUAAAGCAUCAGAAAGGUACCACUGGACUCGGAUAUGGAUCUACAUCGGGACAAGUCCACAACAGGGGAUCCAUCAAGACAAUGUUUGUACCAGAGCAAGUUCCAAUUCUAGAUCACGCAUCUGACGAUGACAUAGUAGAAGGAAUAGGAAAUUUGUUCGUGGCCAUGAUUGGAGAAGAGGAAGAGAUUGAUCUCCGCAAAUUGAGCAUCCGUGAUUCUAAGCCUGGAGAAAGCUUGCAGAAUUAG